AUGAGAUCAUACCUUCUUUUGCUGAUGAAGUUCCUAGCCCUGGUAUCGCAAGUGUUGCCUUUGGGAAGUGUGCCUGACACGGACACCCUGCUCUAUCCUUAUGGUCCCAACUAUCAGGACAGAAGCACCCCAAAGGCAGAUGAUGGAGCAUCUCCUGAGAUCUCCAUUUCUGAAUACUUCUACUUUUAUGGACGGAAAUAUCAUUCCCUUUAUGUGAACAACAAUGGGGUGGUAUCCUUUGGCAACCCUGUCAGCCAGUUCACCCCAGAUCCUUUUCCUCUGAUGGAUGGCCGAGCCUUUGUGGCUCCUUUUUGGGCUGAUGUUGAUAAUCGCAUCACAGGGGAGGUAUACUACAGGCAGAGCCAAGACCAGGGGCUGCUGCGGAGAGUCACGGCUGAUAUAAAUGCUUACUUUCCACAUGAAAAGUUCACAGCUACCUGGGCCUUUGUGGCCACCUGGGAUCAUGUUGCUUUCUAUGGAUCAUUGUCCUCCAAGGUAAACACAUUCCAGGCUGUUUUGAUUUCCAAUGGCAAAAUGUCUUUUGUGAUGCUGAAUUACCAGGAUAUCCAGUGGAUAUCAGGGCAAGCUAGUGGUGGAGAUGCUCAUACUGGCUUAGAGGGUACACCUGCCCAGGCUGGAUUUAAUAAUGGUGAUGCUGACAAUUACUUCAAUAUUCCUGGUUCUUGGACUCCAGGCAUAAUUAACAUCAGCUCAACAAGCAAUGUUAUAGAUCCUGGACGUUGGGUCUUUGAGGUGGACGUUUUUGCAGUGCCCAAUGGCUGUGUUUACAAAGCUAACUUCCUGCCUCUUAAUGCCAUCUUCUGGGGUGAAUCAGCCUGUGAGAAAAAGUGCCAGUGCAUGCUGGACACCCACACGGUGAUGUGCCAGGCCAAAGGCUGCUCUGCAGAUGAGGCCUGCCAGCUGGCUUCCUUGUACCAUGUGUGCCAGCCUAUCCAGAGUGCCUCCUGCCAAGUCUUAGGUGGACAGCAUUAUACCACCUUUGAUGGCCAACUGUACCAUUUUCGAGGUGAUUGCACUUAUGUUUUGUCUCAGGUAUGUGCACCCUUGCACAACCAAAGCCUGAAGUACUACCAGUUGGAAGCCAAGGUGCAAGGAACAGCCCCAGAUGCACCACACAUAGAAUAUUUGCGCAUGAUAGUCUAUGGGCAGGACAUUGUUUUAAUGACCAAUUCUACUGGGCACGUUAUGAUUGGUGGGAUAAAGACCCUUCUUCCAGUGGUCCUACUUGGUGGCAAGAUCCGAGUGCGUAAGAGUGGCUUCUCUGUGAAGAUAGAUACUGACAUUGGAGUGUCAGUUUCUUAUAUUGGGAACCAACAUGUGGAGAUUGCUGUUUCUGCCAGAUAUCAAAAUGCUACUUGUGGCCUCUGUGGAACUUUGAAUGAAAAUUCAUCUGAUGACUUCUUAACCCCCAAUGGAUCCUUUGUGGCAUCGGUUGCUCUAUUUGCUAGAAGCUGGCAGGCCAAAAAUUUUGAGGACCUCUGUGGGGAUGCCCAACAGCCAUCAACUUGCCCCUUGUCUAAAUUGGCCAAUUACUCCAGCUCAGAAUACUGUGGCAUUUUAGAAAAAUCCCCGGGUCCUUUUGCUAGCUGUGCACAAAUCCUGCCUGUCUCUAGCUUUAUGGAAGUGUGUCUUGAUGAUGUCUGCACAUCUGGAGGCAACCGGACCGUGCUGUGCCAUCUCCUCCAUAUUUACGCUGAACAUUGCCAGGCAGCCAACAUCACAGUUGGGCAGUGGAGAGGAGAGACACUAUGUGAAAUCACUUGUCCAGAGAAUAGCCAUUAUGAAGUCUGCUCUACGGCUUGCCCAGCUAGCUGUCUGGAUUCCACUGCCCCGCUUUUCUGCUCUGAGCCUUGCAGAGAGGGCUGCCCUUGUAACAAAGGCUACAUUCUCAGUGGAGGAGCAUGUGUGCCCCUGAGCCAUUGUGGCUGCACAUUGAACAACCAGUAUUAUGAAGUGAGCAACGAGGUGAUCCUGACAGACUCCUGCAGCAAGGAAUGCUCCUGUAGGCACCCUUCCCACCCUAUGCAGUGCCAAGAGCAUGCGUGCAGGGCUCAGGAAAUCUGCAGAGUUGUGGAUGGUGUCUUGGGGUGCUAUGCUGAGGAAGUUGGCAGGUCCUGGGUAUUUGGAGAUCCCCAUUAUGUCACCUUUGAUGGAGUGGCAUUUGAUUAUGAAGGGACCUGCACAUACACUUUGAGCAAGUACUGUGGCCCACUGAGCAAGCUACCAAGCUUUACUGUCAAAGUGCAGAAUGAACAUCGAGCCUCUUUGGCAGCAACAUGGAUCUACCGGGUGCAGGUGGAGGUCUAUGGGCAGCAGAUCGUUAUGAUGGCAGAUCAGCAUGACAAAAUACAGGUGAAAGGCCUUCUGGUCAAUCUGCCAUUUGUUCUUCCAGAAAAAAAGGUCCAUGCUUACCGCAGUGGCUUUUCCAUCCAUGUUCAGACUGAUUUUGGUCUCUCCAUCUCUUACGACGGGUCAUACUCUGUGUCGGUGUCUGUUCCCAAGAAUUAUUCUGGGUUCCUUUGUGGCCUCAGUGGAGACUUUAAUGGAAAUCAGAGUGACGAUUUCCGAAACCCCAAUGGCAGUCUUGGUUCUGAUCCCAUUGCUUUCAGCAAUAGCUGGAAAGAAGCUAACUCACCUUUCCACUGUACAGUCAUUGGGCCUCCACCCUCCUGUGAUGAAUCUCAGUACCGGUCUUUGCGUUCCUGUGGCAUCAUCCAGGAUCCAAAUGGGCCAUUUCGACUUUGCAGGGACCCUGCUGCUGCUCAUGUCCACUUUGAGAACUGUGUGAAGGAUACGUGUCUCACCUCUGGCAGCAGCUUGUGCAAAACCCUGGGAACAUAUGCUCAGCAGUGCCAAAGCCGUGGAAUUGCCAUUCAGCCCUGGAGGGAGGUGACUGGGUGUGCCAUACCUUCCAGCUGCCAGACCGGUUGUGUUGAAGGAUGUCACUGCAACCCUGGGUUUGUGCGGAGUGGCAUGGAGUGUGUGGCCCAAGAGCAAUGUGGCUGCACUUCCGAUGGAAGAUAUUACCUGCCUGAGGAAGAUUUCUGGCAGGGAGAGGAUUGCUGGAGCUUCUGCAACUGUAACAGCACCAGCCAUGCUGUGAAGUGUGUCAAUUCCUCCUGUGGCCCUGGAGAGUUCUGUGGCACCCAGAAAGGCAUUCAUGGGUGUCACAAGCUCUCAAAUGGUCUCUGUCAGGUGUCAGGGUAUCUUCACUACACCACAUUUGACGGGCAGCAUUAUGAACUCCACGGGACCUGCAAAUAUGUCUUGGCGGAACUGUGUGGAAGCACUGCAGGCUUGCCCUUCUUUAGGGUCGAGGUGAAGAAUGAGAAGCUAACCAACCAGCCAUUGCCCAUGACAUCGGAAGUGUUUGUUCAAGUGAAUGCCCAUCAGAUACAUCUGCAGAGAGGUUCCUGGGGGACCAUCAAGAUCAAUGGAGCAACUGUGAACCUCCCAGUGAACCUCAAUCAAGGCGAGACGGUCAUUUUUCGGCAUGGACUAUAUAUCAUUCUGAAAACAAAAUUCAACCUGAUGGUGAGCUAUGACCUGACGCAUAGCCUCUUCGUUGUCCUUCCUCCCCAAUACCUGGGACAAACCUGUGGGCUCUGUGGAAACUUCAACAGGGUUGCCGCUGAUGAUUUUGUGAUGCCAAAUGGCUCUUUAGGAAAGGAUGCCUUCCAUUUUGCUGCGAGCUGGAGAUCAGGGACCGGUUAUCUUCAGUGCUCAGAACAUAGUCACUUUGAGCUCUGCAACAACCCUGUGGGUAAGGAAUGCUCUGCCAGUUGGCGUCAGGGCAUCCCAGGCACUCCUUGCUCUGAAGGAUGCUUCUGUGAUGAUGGGUACUAUCGGAGUGGCGGCAAGUGUGUCCGGCUGGAGCAGUGCGGUUGUGAGCAUGAUGGAUACUAUUAUAAAGUUGGAGAGCACAUCUGGCUGCCUGGCUGUGCUAAAAAAUGCAGUUGUGACUCCCAUGGCAAUUUUAACUGUUUCCCAGCUAGAUGUGAGAUGGAUCAGUGGUGCACCUUGAAGGGGGGACGGUAUGGCUGCCACCGUCUCUUGACCACCUGCGUCGUCACAGGAGACCCUCAUUAUUUCACAUUCGAUGGUGCACGGGUCCACUUCCAGGGUAUUUGCGACUAUGAGAUCUCUCACACUUGCAACUCCUCUCUGGAUUUUUCCUUCCGAGUUGUCAUUGCAAACAGACACUUCCGGAAUCCCAGAGUUUCCUUUGCUUACCGAGUGGAAAUCUGGUUUCAUACACCCCAAUCGAGUGUCCAUAUUCUCCUGGAGCGAGGCAAAGCUGUCCAUGUGAGUUGUGGCUAA